UGCAUCUUCCAGGAGCUGAGCUAAGCCAGGGACGACUCGGUCGGGGGAGGUGACGAGAAAUUUAUCAUCAUCGCCCUCGACCAGCGGCCGCACCCUCCUCCACACUCCCCCGACAAGCUCUCGCCCAACCCCAACGAACCCCCCUAUCUCGUCCAUCUCGAUCUCAAUCCGACCCUCGAGCUCCCGAAAAAGACAAAACAAGGGCUUCUCUAAUUCUACACAUACCAACAUCCACCACAAUGUUCCGUACAGCAGUCCUCCGUUCCGCGGCCGCCGCUACGCGCGCCAUCCGUCCCGCCGUCCAGCAGUCCGCUCCUCUCGCCCGGAGAUCCCUCGUCGCGCCCCGUUCUGCCUUCCGCGCCGCCGCCCCCAAGGCCAUCUCCGUCCGCAUGUACUCUUCCGCCACCGGCCUGAACCAGCAGGAGGUCGAGGGUCGCAUCAUGGCCCUCCUCCAGGGUUUCGACAAGGUCAACGACCCGGCCAACAUCAAGCCCAACGCCCACUUCGCCAACGACCUUGGCCUUGACAGCUUGGACACCGUCGAGGUUGUCAUGGCUAUUGAGGAGGAGUUCAGCAUUGAGAUCCCCGACAAGGAUGCCGACACCAUCCACUCGAUCGACAAGGCGGUCGAGUACAUCGUUAGCCAGCCCGAUGCCCACUAAACCACCACAUAACCCACCUCCCUCCGCUGAACCCGUCUCCCCCCUUCGGCGGUCUGUACAAUAGCCUGGCCCCUCCGACAUCGAAUACGCCACUCGCAACGUUGAGAGAAAUGGGACGGGACCCAUCCGAAGAUGCCGCAUCUCUAUACUCUCGAGAGAAUCUCUUUCCAUGGGGGGCUUUGAAGGGGGGGUUCCAUUGAGAGAACAGGAGAGGCAAAAGACGGCUUAUCGUUGUGGGUUGACGGUUCUCGUAUGGCAGCUCACAGUGCGGCCCCCCCGCCGCGCAUAACCGGCAUUGCGACAUGACCCGGAGUUGGACGUCUCCGGUAUAUGUUGCCAUCUGCCAUUGUAUUAGUGUAUAGAUUUUUGUCGCCCACGCUGGGGUUCCCUGUGACAUGCACCUUUCUGAAGCACCUCUGUGAGGAGUUGGCCAGUCGACUUGCAGGUAUUUUUGUACGACCCCAGGAUCUUUGGGAUGUCGGGAAACUCCGGAACCUUGAGCUAUUGCGACCAAGCGCUCAGCCGGAGCUCGGCAACAUCCAAAUCACGCUGCUGAUCGUUAUCAUCGCCACAGGCCCGUCCUCGUUUACAAGUCGCA